AUGUACAGCACCACUCUGACGGUCGCUUUCGCUGUGAAUUUUUGCGCGAUCCCCGAGUUCCGCCAUUGGCGUUGCAUUGCCAUCCUGUACAACUGCAUUGUGAUGCUUCAGUUGGCGAGUCACCUGCAGUGCAUGUGGACCAACCCCGGCAUUGCCAAAGAUUUCCUGGAUCAGGAGCUGCAGCAGCAGAUGCGUGAAGAGUAUCACCGACUCCGCGCGGCCGGAUUGAGCGAAGAUGCUGCUGCACAUUGUCGCGAGUCCGUGAAGGUCUGUGGCGCCCGUCCGCGAAAGUGGUGGUGCGUCCAAUGUGACACCUUUAGGCCCAAGCGUGCGCACCAUUGCAAAACUUGCAGGGCGUGCGUCUUGGACAUGGAUCACCACUGUCCAUGGGUAAACAAUUGCGUUGGUCGACGAAACCACAAGUUCUUCAUCCUUUUCGUUGGCUAUGCAUGGCUUGCGUGCAUUUGGUCCGUCACCAUCCUCACAUAUGCCAUACGGAACAAUGAGGAGACCGCUUGGAAUCCCGACUUUCUGGGCCCUGCAAACAGCAGGUUCUCCUUGCGGUCCUGUGUUGCAGCUCAGAUCCUGUGUUUAGGAUGCGCUGCACUUUCAUUUGUUUUCGCCAUCUUUGCGUCAGUCAUGGGCUGUGAUCAAUGGACUUUCCUUAUUGAAGGCCAUGGAGUCGUGGACCAGAAACUGCACAAGAUGGGUGUGCGGCCCGGCAUUCCCCGGGCAAUCAGAGGCCAAGUGCGACGGGUGGCCGAUGGCCAUGGGUCUGGAAACUUGAUCACAUGGCUGAACUAA